AUGACAAUCGAGAAUGAACAAAACGAUAUCGAGGCUGCCAGAAAACUCUACGCAAUUUGGGAAAAAGUAUCACAUCCUUUGGUUCAGAGUUCUAUUCCUGUUUAUUUAACUGGUAGAUCACCUAUUCUUUUUUCUAUUAAUCAUGGAGCCUAUCAUAAACAUAAUAUCAUAUCUCCCCCGAAAGCUAGCGCUUCCCUACUUCUAUUGGAUAUGUUCAAGAAGAAUGACAUUAAAGAUAUGCUCCUUGGUCAUGGUAAUGAAUCCCUAGGGACAUGCUCAAAUAUUGAUUCCUAUUCAGAAUCUAUCUACAAGUUGACAUUAGGAGUGCCACGUCUAGUUGAGGGUGUAGUGAAUUAUCUAUUGACUCGAGAUUUAAAUCUACCUAUUAAUGAACAAAAACUAAGAGAUCAUCUGCGAUCUGAUUCUAUCUAUUCCAACGAGCUCAACCCAACCUACUCGUGGUCUCCGGAAAUGAAGCUUCUUUAUUUAGAACUUUGCAGGGCAUCAAUAUUUAAGAUCCCAUUUAGCUUGGAUUUGGCAAUCGAUACGGAGAUGUGGCACAUUCCAGUAGAGAUGAAGUAUAAACGAUUCAACUAUGCAAAGUUCUUUCAGCUAUUCAAUGUUUAUUUGGAACAAUAUCCAUUCAACCGCCGAAUGGCAAUCGUCUUGAUCCCUCCACUCACUCUAUCUGAAAUUGUAGAAAAUGCUCGCGAAAACCGUUUGGAUAGUAUCCUAAAAGUUGGCUUGCAACUUCAACAGUAUAUGGAUAUUAAUUCAUAUGGCAUUCGACAAACUGGCAUCCCUUUUGAAGAUUGUGUUGAAUCAAUUAUUUACACAAGAACCAAUCUGGGAAUCGAAGCUAUGUCAAUGGAUUGGUUUAACAGAGGAAUUAAAAAGGAGGAACCUUCUCAACAAACCACAACUGGAUCUGUUGCCCAACUAUUCCUCUUUUUAUCUGAUUCUUGGGUUGGCAGUACAAUUUGGAAUCCUUCCUCUCACAUUUCAACCACUCCAUCAAUCAAACAUUUCCCCAAAAUAGUAAACUCACUCAAAUCUGUGAACUGGGAAGGGAUAAAGUUGGGUUUGGUCACCAAUAGAACAGAUGGAAUUGAACUUGUGCAUUGCGACGCUGAAAACUUUGGUGUUCUCUGGUCAAUGGCCGCUCCUUUCACCACGUAUCGUUCAUUAUCAAAGUCGGGCAGUUCGGAUCUAUUCACAAAGAUCAAUGACAAGCUUGGUAUCGCUUGGAUUGUAAAAGAUUACAAGAACUCGCUACCAUCGAAUCAAGUUGAAAAAGAAAUCAAUCUUUUGAAAAACCUACCAUUCUCAAUCAGAUUUGUUGCUGUUAUGAUUUCCUUGUCCCCUCCAAAAGGGGACACGAGCUAUUUGGGUAAAAAGACAAAGGAUAUUUUGAGUAUUGAUGGUGAACACAUAGCUGACCUUUACGAAGUUACUUUUAAUAUCCAGAUGGUCGUUUUAACCGUCGCAGGACUAGAAUAUUUCUUCUCAAAAGAGAAUUAUGACUUUUUAAAACGUUCUAAAAUUUUUGAAUAA